GACGAGCCGUUAGGUUGCCUUCGAAGCGUCAAGAUGAUUUUUAGAAAGGUCAAACGACGUCGUUUGAAGCGCCAACCCCUCCUUAAUCCCCCGACCAGGCUUCGGAAACGAUACGCCUUCAUCAAUCGAAACUCUUCUGCUCUUCGUUCUACAUUGCUUACCGUCGUCGGAUACCUUCAAGAACUACCACACAUCUCUUUGCCAUGGAGAACAUUGGAGCAAGUAGCGGGUUCCAGUACAAGAGAAGAAGAAUUCUAACCCAAACACAAAGGGAGGAGAUGGAGAAUGAAAACCAGAUUUCUGCUGAGGUAACUCCAUCUGUGGAUGGUCAAUCGUUCCUGGAUGCUGCGGAAAUUGAGGUUCCAGCGUUGGAUUGCACCAUUGAUAUUGAUAAAAUACCUGGAAUGAAGUUAACCCUGAAAUCUUCUUUGGGGGAGUUCCAGAAUCUGAUGGAAGAAGGACUUGGUGAUCAUCCAGAAGUUCUUCAUUUGUUUAGGACUUCCACCCCUUUUUCUCAUUUUUUGGAUGUUGAGUGUAUUCCUCCUCCUCUGUUCCUAUGGCAACUCAUUGCGAGGGAAGCCAAAAUAAAGAGGAAAGGAGAGAUGUGGUUCGUUUUCAAAGGAGUUCCUGUCAGGUACUCCUUGAGGGAGUUUUCACUCAUUAGCGGCAUCAACUGCUCUCCCCUUAACGCCGGCUUUGAAAAUUCCAAGGAAUUAACCUCUGCAAAGAAUGAUUUCAUUCGUGCUCACUUUCCUUCAGCAAAGAAGGGAAAGAAAUCCGCUGCAGUCACAUACAAGAUGGUUGUGAAGCGUUUCUUGGAAAUUUGUAAAGGACUGGACAUGGAAAAGAAGAAAGAAGGCCAGGAGAUGGUUGCUGUGAAAAUGGCAGCACUUUUGUUUGUUGUUGUUGUUGUUCUCUUGGGUCCUGCUGAUCGAGACAAAUCUGCAAUUCCAGAUUGGAUUCUGGGCAUGAUUGCACAGUGGACAGCAGUUCUAGGUUUCCCAUGGGGAACUUGGGCAUUUAUGGAGUCCUUGGGGUCACUGAGGAAAGACCUAGCUGCUAAGGCCAAAUCAAUUGGAAGAGGGGCCUCAUCAACCAUGUACUAUACUAGUUUCUUGCUUCCCAUUGGGAUCCUUUUUCUGGAGAGUUGCUUGGGGACUGGAGCAAAUAUUACAACAAGAAGUCCACAGACAUCCCCAGCUAGGCCAAGAAUCUGCCUUUGGGGUGAGAUUCCAAUAAAGAAGAAAAUCACCCACACAGAAAUGGAUGCUUACGUUGAGGACGUGCAGUCUCUAAAGAGCAUUCUUGUUCCCGACAAGUUUGAGGCAACUGCAGAGUGGUAUUUGAACUUCCAGCCUCUAGAGACCACAAAACACCCCGAGUUGGAUGCAUUUGUGGCAAAAUUAGAGUGUAGAGGGGAAGUCCACAUUCCGGUGGAGAGGAAGAGAAAAGCCCGGAAUGUCCCUUCACCAACAAGAGAUAAUUCUGAAGAGCGUAAUGAGCACAUCUCCUCUCCCCAAGAAUCUCAGAGGAGUCAGAGCCUUAGGGAAUCUCCUUCUAGAGUCUCCCAUUCCAACAUCCCAAAUCCAUCGUCUCCUAACCCUCACCCCGCCAAGCCUUCAUCCAAUACCUUUCAAGAACUCUUUGAUCGAAUGUCAAAGAAAAUUGAUAACAUUGCAGAAGAACAAAGAAAGAGGUUUGAAGUGCUUGAAAAAAAAGUUGAUGCUUUGUCAACUUUAAUAAAUCAAAAGAUUGUGAAUAAGGUGGAUGUAACUGAAUCAGGAGAAGAACCAACCAAGAAUCAGCAGGAGGUGCCAGAGACGAAAAUCAUGGGUGAUUGUGAGGAGACUGAGGCACGAAAUCCUUCCCCUGACCAUAAGGUUUCUCCAAGACUUGGUAUUCUCCAAAUUGUUGGGGAAAUUAAACAAGACCACCAGAAUCAACCUUCAACUCUUUCUGAUUCUGUUCUUAGUUUGGAGAACAGGAAGGCUGAGUCUACCCACGAGACAAUGGGAACAGAAGAUGCUACCUCAAUGAAGCCUCUGCAAGAAAUGGUUGAGCCUAGCCAUGAGGUCAUGGAAACAGACGCUGCUGCUGCUUCUAUGAAACCUCUGCAGCCUCUGCAGGAAAUGGUUGAGCCUAGCCAUGAGGUCAUGGAAACACACGAUGCUGCUUCUAUGAAAACUCAGCAGGACAUGGUUGUUUCUCCCCCGAAGGAAUUGGGAGAAGAGGCUGAAAUUACUGAUGGAAUUGUGUAUGGAAAGAGAGUGAAAAAGAAGUCAGCCAGUUUGAAGUCUCCUUAUACAGCGGACGGGAGGAAGAAAAAGAAAGCCGAUGAGCUCUUAUCUAAGCCGCCAACUAAAGCAGAUCUUUUGCAAUUUAAGAGUUUCAUCGUAAAAGCAAUUAAAGAUGACCGCCCUGUACAAUGCUACCUUGCCCAAUACAAGGAGAUUCAGGAUUUUGUGAAAACGUUCUGGACUGACCUUAUCACUCCAGAUUUUUUUGUAGCAGAUACUCAUCUGAGUGAGUACCUUUACGUCCUGAGAAGAUGUUUAUGCAAUGACGAUGGAGACUCAUGCAUUGCGCCUCUUGAAUUCAACAAUUACGUGAACUCUUAUGCGCAUGACUCAGAGUGGCCUGUUUUGUCUGGACCCCUUGAAAAGAUUGUGGAUGGUACAUACAACGAGGGGCCGGAAGCAUUUAAAACCAAAGCUUGGAAUAAGAACACUAAGUACGUAUAUUAUUUGAAAGGCACGGAGUCACAUUGGUUCUGUAUCAAGGCUGACUUUGAGAGGUGCCGCCUCGUCGUGCUUGACUCCCUUAGGAGGAUAACUUCAAUUGAGAGGAUGGAUGGUUUGCUGAAGGAUGAUCUUAUAGGGUUUAAAGGCAUUGCUGGAAUUAGAGAAAUCGGCAAGCACGGAUAUGCCGAUUGGGAAAUUGAAUACUGCACAGUACCCCAACAGAUUGAUUGUGACUGCGGCAUCUUCGCGGAAAAAAUAAGGGAUGCUUAUACCGGCACGGUCAUUUAUUCUCGCUAUCAUCCACGGGAGGAGAGAUUGGAUAUAUAUACUCGGAUUGGGUGCUAUCCAGUCCGAGUUGUUCUUGGAGAUGACGGCAAGCAUCGAAUCGCUGCCGAGAAUGGAUGGAGAUACUUUCUCCAUGACCACCACUGCCAAAAUCUUUGGCAUAUUCUGUUCAAAAAAUUAUCAGAGGCAGCAUACCAAGCCAUUUUGAUUUCGACCCUUGGUUCAGAAGUUGACUACCCAAUAAGAAUUCCUGAUUAUGAUUCUGAUGCAGAUGAUGUUACAGAUGAUGAUGAUGACGUCUUUGUUUGCAAGUUGGAAGAAUCGCACUUUCGGGAGUCAUCCGAGAAGCUGGCCUUAAGUGACAAAUUUUGCGAAGCAAAUGGCUUUGUAGAGGGAAAAACAGAUGUCACUCUCAUAGGACCCAACAUGCAGCCCGUGGUCUGCACACUCAAGGUUGAUUGUUUUGGUGAUGGGUUCGUGAAGAGAAUGUGGCGUUACUUUGUUGAUUUGAAUGGUUUGGGGUGGGGAACAACACCUUUAUGGUGGGAGUUUACCGUCAUCACAGACGGCUAUAACAAUCUAUGCCUGUGCGUUCUGAACAAGCGAGUGCUUGCACGCAAGCGCUACGCAAUAGCUUCUAAACGCGUUCCCAAAUCUUAUCGUUUUGCUGUGCUUUCAAAUUAGGUUGCCGAUUUGCAGAACGAAUGUGUAGUGUGCGUACGAUUGAGGAGCUGAAAGGCAUGAAAUCGUUAAUUUCGGGUCGGGUCAAAAAAGGGGGAAAACUGAAAUAGUUAAUUUCGGGGCGGGUCAAAAAAGGGGGGAAAUUGUU